AAGCUAAAAAUACAAACUGUUAUUGGAUGUUUUAGCGGUUUGUCCAAAUAGUAUUAAAUCCCAUCACCAGUUAACAUGUAUGUAUUGUAUCGCUUCAACAACAAAACUUAAAAACUGGGAUGGGCACGUGCAUUUUCAGCGAAUAUAUUCUUUAUAUGAAGCUAGCUAACGUAGCCAGGGGCUAAUUAACUACACAGGUGUUUGCAGUCUCGUGGCGUUCCCUUCAAAAUCUCAGGGAGAAAUUUUAAUUCCUCAUAUAUUACCCGUAAUCUAGCAGCGGGUUGGAUCUUUAGCGGCAUUUUCGACGUCUUAAAGAGGUCCAUUGUAUAUCCGGUGAGGUUAAAUAUCUACCAGGGGCAACUUUAACGUUUAAAAUUAAUAUUUACUGCAUGCACUUGAUAUUGCUCUGACAUGCUAUAGCUAGCGUGAAAAUGCUGGACAUAAACGUUAGCUUCCCCCGGCAAAGCUUUCUAUCAUUCCUGACAGAGAGAAAACGUCUGUGGGGUCACGAAAAUACUUCUGAAUAUCCAACCUGGUGCUGAACCACGUUUAUAAAGUAACAUUUAGAUUUACCGUGUAUGGUUUGCGGAGGGAACGCUAUGGGAGUGAUCAACUCCCAAAUGGGGUGAGCUAAAUUAUCUACCAUUUUGUGCUGGUAUUAGCGUACAUUUUCAGUUGCAACGCAUAGAAAACAGUGAGAUGUAUUGUAGACACAUUAAUACUUCAUUAUUGUGACAGUUAAAUGUGCAGUUUAGCCAAACAAGAAAUGUAAGCUAGCACUAUUUCUUUGACGAAGGAUGUUUAUCGUCGCGAGCUUGCGGAGCUACGCAACGUAACUAUGUCACGUCCGAUUCUUCAAUCCCAGCCUGAUACAAACAUCGUAGCUAACGGUAGAGAUGGCGUCCAGGAUGUCAUACCUUAACGUUACCUAGCCAAAGCGAUGUUUUUUAAAUUUAUCCAUCGGAGGAAGAGUUUACCCGACUGAGUCUACAAACGUUGAAUAACCGGACACAAUGGAGGAACCGUGGGACUUUGAGUUUUUGUCCCGCAUAGCUGACGGCUGCUUGUCGUUCCUAUCCGAGUUUGUUGACGACUGGCUCGCCAACGAUAUGAGGGUCUCCAUAUUCAAAAUCCUUCUCAGCUGGUUAAUUUUUAGUCUGAUCGCGAUUCACUUUGCGUGGAAAGUCUACGGGAACACAGUGAACGAUAUGUAUUACCGACAAGGGACCGGACAAAACGGAGGCACACCAGAUACAGCACCUCACCUGAGUGGAUGGGAAAGCAAAGCAGGAGACACCCCGAAGACUCAUCGAGAUUAACGGGACAAUGGUGUCGGACUUUGGGCUCUAUCUAAGCGAGAGCUGGACUCCUGUGAUGAGACAUUGAAUGCACUCUCAAGUUGUGCUCAUAAGAAAGCAUCUUCAGUGCAUUAAAGAUGCCUGCACGCUCUGGUGACUGCCCGGAGAAUCAUCCGUUACGCAUACCAACAAUGUCACACUGAUAUCCACCAAAUCAACUGCAUAGUGCUGUGAGAUAUUUAUUUUGGCUUGUCAACAUUGGUCAUUGAGCAGAACCUUACUCUGCGUUAACUGGUGUGUCUGACUUAAUAGUCAACAUUUUCCUUGAGAUACUGAUGUGACAAAUACUGAUGGGUUUGUGUUUAAAUUAAGGGUGUUUUAAAAACACUGUCUUAAUAGCAGACACAAUAUUUUCCACUCUGACCAUGCAGAGAAUAAUUUGAAUAAAUUAAAAUGUUGUAUGGAAGGAACAACAGUAUAUUUCAAGUCAAUACAGAUCCCUGAAAAACA